AUUGUUGUACACUAAACCAAUAACUCUGAAUAUUAAUGAAUGUUGACAUCUUGUUGCUGCAUAUUUUGUAAGCCAUAGAAACCAUUUCAGUGACACACUCGCGUCAAACUCAAUCUAAUAGAAAUUCGUUUCGUUGCGGUUAAGUACUUUGUUGUUAACUUGUAUCCAUCUAUACAAAGCACUAGUUUUGAAUUUGAAGUUAUUUUUUCAUAUGAGGUAAAUUUACUUGUUCGAUUAUAUGUAGGCUGUUAUUUUUCGUUAUACAGAAUUCAACAACUAUUGCUUCCGUUUCGGUAUGCGUUUCUUGUAAUCAGUUAGUCCCCAAGCUGUCAAUGAUCCAACUUUUGAGUGAAUUUUCUUAUAACAGGUUUUUAAAAAUAGAUGCUAUUAGCUUUCGAACAUUGUAUGAAGUAUUACUUUAAACUUGAAAUCAGAAUAAAAUCUUAUCGUUAUUUGCUUUCGUUCUUCGGCAAAAGCAAACUGCGAGUGCGGGCGCUUGUUUAGACUAUUUGGUUAUUGACGCUUUCAAAAAUAACAAAAGGCAAGUGUCAAUAAAAGGGUAUCAUUUAUUGCAUUCCGAUUAAAAAGAGCGGAGUGAUUUGCAUUCAAAGCAAUCUAGCUUGCUACUGGGUCAUCUUUGUCAGCAUUCAAGCAACUUGAACAGCUUUGGAGUGGUUUCUACGGAACUCAAAUUCCAGAGACAUCAAGGAAUAAGAAAUGGACCCGGGGUUUCGAGGUUCGCCACGUGUCAAAGAAGAACAUUCAGACGGUGAGCUGAACGCGUCCCUGACAGACCAAGAGCUGCGGGACAUUCGUCAAGAACUUGGCCUUACUGAUAUUGACCCAUCGGCUAAUCUAUUCUCAUCCGGCUCUCUCUCUAAUCACGUCCCAACACCGUUUGAUAUCCCGCUCAGUGACGAAGAGAAAAAAUUGCUCGAGGAAUGCACCGUGGGUAAUAGGCAUCAGUUCUCUGCCGGCGCGCACACCGCUCGCUCGGCCUCUCUCGCUGAGGUAGCCGACACGCUGAUUAAAGACCUUGCACAGCUUGAUACUCACAGUGACGAUAACAAUAACUACGACUCGAGCUCGGCUGAAGGGGAGACAUACUCGUACGAGGCUAGGGAACGGGUGGAUUCCACGCGUAGCCACUGCGAUAGUCACUCCAGUGAAAUCAGCUCGCUCUCCAACACAAGCACUGUUGACGGGGAGGACGCGAUCGUCGAGGAAGACAGAGAGCCUAGUGUCUCUACCUCAUGUUUAGUGAAAUCAGAAAGUGCGUCUCCUAAAAGCAGCCGAAGUGAUCUAACGAUGCCUGGAGAUGGUCCAAGAGUGUCUACAAGCACAAGGAUGGAGUCUGUGGUAGAAAAUGUUGAGGGAAUCCGCACCAGUUCUAGCAACUCCCCCGCAUCUAGUGACUCUGGGCUCCCCAGGGACCCGUCCCUAGCACGCGACGCCGUGCUGUCGGGAGACUCGGGAUUUCACUUCCACCAGCACAAGUACUUCGUAGUGGUGGCUAUUGACUUUGGCACCACGUUUAGCGGGUACGCAUUCGCGUUCACUAGUAAUCCCGAGAGUAUUCAAAUGAUGAGAAGGUGGGAGGGAGGGGACCCUGGGGUGUCGAACCAGAAGACACCCACCACCCUUCUUCUCAGACCCGACGGCUCUUUUCACUCGUUCGGAUUCGGCGCGAGGGAUUUCUACCACGACCUGGAGCCAGAUGAGUCGCGCAAGUGGCUUUACUUUGAGAAGUUCAAGAUGGCGCUUCACACGCAAAGGGAUUUGCACAAGUCAGCCGAGAUCAAGGCGGCCAAUGGGAAAUCCAUCAAAGCGGUCACCGUAUUUUCGCAUGCACUCAAAUUUUUCAAGGAUCACGUGAUCGAAGAGUUAACCGACCAAUCAGCAACACAGAUACUUGAGGAGGAUAUCCAAUGGGUGAUUACGGUGCCCGCGAUAUGGAGAGCAGCGGCUAAACAGUUUAUGCGCACUGCAGCUUAUGAGGCUGGCUUAGCGACUACCAAGUGCCCCGACCGAAUCCUGAUUGCCUUGGAACCGGAAGCUGCAUCUAUCUUCUGCCGGAAGUUACGCAUCAGGGACUGCCUGUGGGACGAGUCAAAACGACACUCUACGGGGACUAGUGACGAGCAAGUCGAAAAUGAUUUCCAGGGAAUAACCCGUUACGCGGUGGUUGACUGUGGCGGAGGAACCGUAGACUUGACCGUCCACGAACUCGACACCACCACAGGAAACCUGAAGGAGCUGCACAAAGCCACAGGUGGCCCAUGCGGUGCAACCGCCGUUGACGCAGAGUUCGAGAGACUUCUGAAACAGAUCUUCGGUGAACAAUUCAUCGAGCAGUUCAAGGCCAAGCGACCUGCAGGCUGGGUGGACCUAAUGAUCGCAUUCGAGGCUAAAAAGCGCACGGCAAACCUCACCAAGACGAACCCUCUGAACAUCUCACUUCCCUAUGUAUUCAUAGACUACCACAAAAAGCAUGGGAAAGGUUCAUCCAUCGAGUCUUUAGUAAAAAAAUCUGGGAAUCGGGAUGUGAAAUGGAGCUCACAAGGGAUGCUCCGGAUCGCCCCGGAAGCAAUGCGUGAUUUAUUUAAACCAGUGUUAAGUGCUAUAACUGCUCACAUUCGGGAAUUGCUCGCAAAAGACGGUGUACGCGAUAUCAAGUAUUUGUUUCUUGUGGGAGGAUUUGCGGAGUCCCCACUCCUGCAAUCUGCAGUUCGCGACGCAUUCGCCUCCACUCUACGGGUCAUCAUACCACAUGACGUAGGCCUAACGAUACUCAAAGGAGCUGUACUUUUCGGUCUAGACCCGACUGUCAUCCGAGUUCGACGAGCUACCAUGACGUAUGGCGUCGGUGUUCUCAAUCGAUACGUCGCCGGAAAUCACCCGCGAUCGAAACUUGUUCGUAAGAAUGGUAUCGAGUGGUGUACGGAUGUUUUUGAUAAGUUCGUUACGGCCGAUGAGCCCGUUACUGUGGGGGAGGUAGUUGUUAGGAGUUACGCCCCUGCCAAGCCAUCAAGUAGGUCAACCACUAUAACUAUCUACUGUACUGAGCAAGAGGAAGUGACGUUUGUCACCGACCCUGGGGUCCGGAAGUGUGGACAACUCACAAUAGAAAUGCCUGAGGUGGCGCGGAGUGAUCCCAUGAAGCCACGCGAGCUGCAGGCCUCCAUGGAAUUCGGUGACACAGAGAUCAAGGUGUCAGCGGUCGACGUUUUGACGGGAAAGGACACUAAGGCGACAAUAGAUUUCUUGUAGAGAGGGAAUUCAUCCAUUAGCAGGAUCGGAUACAGGGGUGGUGGAUUGGGUGGAUUUCCAUCCCCCUUUUUGAGUAGAAAAAAAUCGAAAAGUCACUUUGUUUGAAGAAAAUAAAUGUCUGAGGGACGGGAGGUACUGUCCAUGUUCCUUCGCC